GAAAUUUAUUGACAAGAAACGCGAAAACGUCUAGAAGUAACGAGUCGUAAUACAUCAGAGAAAACUUGUGAUUACUUUGAAACUGAAAAUUUAUUAAAGCAAGAUAUAAAGAGAGUUUUUUGUCAAAAUAAUUGAAAAGAAUCAAAACCUAAAAAAUAAUAAAUUUAUAGUUAUAAUAACAACAAUAAUUCCACGGAGGUAAACCCCACGUAUCCUCAACAGAAAUUUCGCAAUACGUUAGCCACUUUGCCUUGAAAUGGCGUCUUCGACUGCAACAUAUGCAAAUUUCCAGGACAGAGUCCAGGGUUUCAUCAAUGGAUUGGGUGAUAAAUAUGAACCGUAUGUGCGUACUCAUUUGGCCAAAGUGUACAUGGUACUUGGAGCCGCAACGGCUAGUACUGCGGUAGGAGCGAUGUUACAGUUAUGGGGUGUUAUAAAUCUUGGUUUGAUAGCAGCACUGGCCUCCUUGGGGCUUGUGUUGGGUCUACAUUUUUAUAGAGAUGAUGGAAAAAACUACUAUACACGCUUUAGCAUGUUGAUGGCAUUCGGUUUUUGUUCAGGACAGACUUUGGGACCGUUGAUGCAAUAUAUAAUAAGUAUCAAUCCAUCGAUAAUAAUAACCGCGCUAACAGGCACUGUGGUAACCUUCGUUUCACUUUCAUUGGGUGCUUUGCUAGCGGAACGAGGAAAGUAUCUUUUCCUGGGUGGAUUGCUGGUCAGUGUAAUCAAUACUAUGGCAAUAUUAAGCCUCUUCAAUAUGUUUUUCCAAUCAUAUUUUGUACAAUUGGCGCAACUUUAUGUCGGCGUAUUUGUAAUGGCUGCCUUUGUGGUCUUCGAUACACAAAACAUAGUGGAAAAAUGCCGGGCUGGAAAUCGAGAUGUUGUUCAACAUGCAUUAGAUUUGUUCUUUGAUGUUUUAAGCAUGUUUAGACGUUUAUUAAUAAUUCUAACGCAAAAGGAGGAACGUAAACGUGAGGAGCGUCGUAAACGGAACUAACUGAAAAUACCUUCGCGGAAUGUCCAAAUAUUAAUAUUUUAUAUGUUAAAUAUCUUUUCAUGAAUAACUUAUACCCAAAAUUCAGCAUUAAUAUUAUAUUAUAUUUCAAAUCAAAUACUAA